GCCAGAGUCUGAGCUGGGGUCGGGUGGUGGCAAGUGCAGCGAUGUUGCAGCUGCGGGAUUCGGUGGAUUCUGCCGGCACUAGCCCUACCGCGUUACUGGUGGCAGACGAGGAGGUCGCGACAGGUGGAGGCGUCAGUGAGGGCGGGGGCCGACCGGGGGCAUGCACGCCGCAGCGGCAGACCCUGUGGCCGCUCAAUGUCCACGACCCCACGCGCCGCGCGAGAGUCAAGGAGUACUUCGUAUUCCGGCCCGGGACCAUCGAGCAGGCGGUGGAGGAGAUUCGCAUGGUGGUCCGGCCAGUGGAGGACGGCGACAUCCAGGGGGUGUGGCUGCUGACCGAGGUUGACCACUGGAACAACGAAAAGGAGCGGCUGUUGCUCAUCACCGACCAGUCGCUGCUCAUCUGCAAGUACGACUUCAUCAACCUGCAGUGCCAGCAGGUGGUCAGGAUAGCCCUAGACGCCGUGGACACCAUCUCCUACGGAGAAUUUCAGUUUCCCCCCAAAUCUCUCAACAAGCGAGAAGGUUUUGGGAUUCGUAUCCAAUGGGACAAGCAGAGCCGCCCUUCCUUCAUCAACAGAUGGAACCCAUGGUCCACCAAUGUGCCCUACACCACUUUUAUAGAGCACCCAAUGGCGGGUGUGGAUGAGAAGACGGCCUCUCUGUGCCAACUGGAAAGUUUCAAGACUCUGUUAAUCCAAGCUGUCAAAAAGGCCCAGAAAGAGAGUCCUCUGCCUGGACAAGCCAACAGCGUGCUGGUCUUGGAGCGACCCCUUCUCAUCGAGACCUAUGUGGGAUUGAUGUCCUUCAUUAACAAUGAAGCCAAGCUGGGCUAUUCCAUGAGCAGAGGCAAGAUAGGCUUCUAGAGGCUGCAGGUGGGGCCUGCUUCCUGAACAAGCCAGGUGGAUGUGGGACUCUGUGGCAGCAGAGCUCAGUCAGCGUGCCUGCUGCUCCUGGGUCAGACUGCUGACCUCUCGGGCUUUGAGAGCAAUUAUAAUCGUCAAAUGAAUUCUAUUCUUUAGCUGAUGUGAGAUGUGUGGUAACAACACUAAUACAAAAUGCACCUGGUGUCUCUAGAAUGGCUGGCACAACACCAAGAAUUGCAGUCUUCUUGGGAUGUCUGUGUGGUUUCUUGUGCUCCUUCCUGGCCUCAUACCCUAGCAUGUCACUAACAAUGUUGCGAUUCUUUGAAACUGCUCCUCUUAGCACUUCCACUGUGUAGACCCUACACCCAGGAGGUACCUAGUCCUCAAGCCUAGACUCCAAUCAAAUUUGUUUACACUUAAUGUCAAACUGUAUUUUGAAAUCGAAUCCACUUUUUUCCAAAGCUAAAUAUAGAAGCUAGUGGACUGGUUAAGGAAGAGAUGGUCUGCUUUGUUAACAAUGGAUGAAGUUGCUUUCAUGUAAGUAUGUGUUUGACCUUAAGCCACGUUUUCUAAAAUGAAUUUUUAAUGUGUUCAUGAUGAUGGUAUCUUUCCCAGGCCCAAAAAUGUUUGUAGAAAAUAAUUUUAAGGGGUGGGGGAGAUAGCAUAGUGGUUAUGCUAAAAGACUGUCAUGCGUGAGGCUCUAAGGUCCCAAAUUCAAUCCUCCACUCCACAGUAAGUCAGAGUUGAUAGUGCUCUACUAAAAAAAAUAAUAUAAUUUUAAGAUAGUGUUAAUUCAAAUAAGUCACCUUAAUAGUUCUUUGUGUAUAAUUUUGACAACUACAUAUUCAGUUUGUAUUACCAUCUUUUAAAAGGAUUUUUUAGUUUGCUUUGUAAAGAAUUAGUUUUGCUUUGUUUUGUUUUAUUUUUAAAGUAUAGUAUAGUAGAGUCUCACAAACCAGGUAACAUGCCCUGAUUAUACUGUUCCCAUGCAGAUUCCAGUCUUGGUCAGGUCAGUUUUUCCCUAAACACACAGUGAGCUUCCUGCCUAUAGGCUUUCCCAUGUGGGAUCUAGCACACUGCCCUGCCUCCUCCACAGCUUGCUGGCUUGUCUAGAAGCAUUUGUUGAUAAACUUUAAAUGCUGCUUACAGAUUUCUAUCUCUUUAUUUCUAACCCUGAUGUGACUUUGAAUAGCACAGAUGUGCUCCAAAUCCAGAAGCUGCCUCAAAAGCCUGCUAAGUGGUGAGACUUUGCUUUUGGUCUUGUAGUAAAGACAUUUGCAAUCAAAUGGGUGUUGUUCCUUCUUGAAGUUAAUAAAAUUAGUACAACCAAGAAA